GCGGAUCGUCAGGUCAUAAUGGAAAAUAUGAAUUUGGAGAUUCUGAAAGAACCAUUAGGUUUCUUACGAGUUAUUCAACUUAUAAUGUCCAUCUUUGCUUUUGCGACCACUGCAGGUUUCAGUACUUACACAUCUUUUAAGAUCGAUUGUUCGGCUGGGAAAAUCAGUGAAGUGAUUUUUAACUUUGGUUAUCCAUUCAAGCUGAACCAGAUACCUAUAAAAGUAGUUCAAUGUGAUGAUAAAACUGUGGUGGCAGAUUUACCAUGGGACUUUUCAAGCAGUGCAGAAUUCUUUGUGGCAGUAGGUGUGCUCACCUUCUUGCUCACUCUAUUAGCUCUCGGGAUCUAUAUUUGUUCAAUUUCAUUCUACACUAGUAAUCAAAUGGUUCCCGUUUGUGAUCUGGCUUCAUCUGUUCUCCUGACUAUAUUAUGGCUCUCAGCUGCUAGUGCCUGGGCACAUGAAGUUAGCAAUGUGAAGUACUAUGCAACUCCUGACAAUUUUUUUGACCAAAUCACUGAAUGUAGUAAGCAACACUGUGUAAAGACCUACACUGGAAACUAUGCAUCUCUUAACGUCUCCUUGAUCUUUGGAUUUGGAAACUUCCUACUUUGGGCUGCAAGCCUUUGGUUUGUUUUUAAGGAAACAAAAUUCCAUCAAGAGACUAAUCAACAGGAGCACCAACAGCAGCACCAACAACCACCACUGUACUCUUCAUAAUCUCCUCCAGUGAUGGGUUAAACACACUGAAAUGAUUUGUGUGGCUAUAUCAGUUGUACUUCACUUUUCACUGUGGCGUGAUGAAAUGGGUUGCACUGCUAGUAUCUGGAUCUAUUGGUAAAUAAUCUUUACAGUUUGACAACUGCAGAAGCUAGAUUAUUUACCAGGAGAGUAGUUGAAGUUUUUGUUCAUGGUUUUAAGAUGUUUGUCGUAAUAUUGAAAGAUUGAACAACAAAUGUUCUAAAAGAGUUAUCUCAUAAAUUUUUGGCUACCAUUUUUUUCAUUGUUAAAACUAAACGUAAUUAUAUACUUUUAUGUAUGAUUAAGCUGUUUAUAUAAAUAUAAGGUGGUUCUUUUAUACUUCAAAUAUGUAGUCUGUGUAAUUAACAUAUAUGUUAACAGAUCUCAAUUGUUUUAUGACUGAAAUCACCACAUGGUUGUUAGUGCUAUUAGUGGAUAGGUUAACUACGUUUAGCAUACAAGAUUGAAAAUAAUGUUAUUCCUCUGUUAUUUCAGAUGUUUUAAAUGUUGUGUGUUCUAAAUGAUCUUUUUAUUUCAAGCAUUUGAACAUUUUAUUAAUACUUAGUAGAACUGUUAUGUUAUAGUGACAUUCUUAAAGUUAAUAUCAUAAACUUGCUACUUCCAUACUUGCCACAAAAUUUGAAGAUUUUUAUUAUUUAAGUAAUAAAAGAUACCGUUUAGUUUUAAUUUAAUUUUCUCAAUAUAAAGUACAUAAAAAUAUUUCUAAUUGUUUUGUAUUUGUUGCCCUUUUUCUUAUCCUUUAAAUAUUGUCCUCUGGUGACUCAUAAAAGUUUAUACUGCCAGAAUUUGGGGCUCAAUCCCCAUGUCAGACACC